UGAUUUAAACAUUUCCUUUUUCAUUUCAUUGGUUUUGCUUUAUUAUUAUUAUUUUGGUUGGUGGGUUAGGGCUCCGAUUAAGGAUUCCUGAUUUGUGUUCUUGGUUGGUUUUAUUCUGGGAAUGUUCGGAACUUCGGUGGAAAAAAGGGUUUUCGAUCGUGUGGGGCUUAGGAUUUUCGUUGAAUCUGGGAAUAUUUUGGUCUUCUAUCUGGAUAGAGUACUACAGAUUCUGACAGUCCCAUAUUCGGAAUAAUAACUUGGAAGAGGAAGUCGCGUACGGGACGAGAUGGAUAUUUGUCCGUGGCUGAGACCCUCGCCAAGUGGAAAGAACAGACCGCCCAGCUUGAUUCUUGCAACGAUAAACCCAUUCGUAAAGCUCCGGCCAUGGGGUCGAAGAAGGGAUGUAUGAAAGGAAAGGGAGGGCCUGAGAACUCGAGAUGUGAUUACAGAGGAGUUCGGCAGAGGACAUGGGGUAAGUGGGUUGCAGAAAUUCGGCAGCCAAACAAGGGGAAAAGGCUUUGGCUUGGUACUUUUGCUAGUGCAGUUGAAGCUGCGUUUGCUUAUGAUGAAGCUGCAAAGGCAAUGUAUGGAUCUCGUGCCCGCCUCAAUUUUCCGGGUUGUUGCUCAGUCACCACUUCAUCAGGAACUUGUGCGGAAGCAACUCCAUCAGGCUCUGAUUCUACGACUACAUUCAACCACUGCGAGGUCUGUGUAGCCGAAGAAAUAGAUGUGAAGCCUCUUAUCCCAAAUUUGAGAAAUGAGAGUGGGGAGGUUGAAUCAAGAAUGUGUAGUCGGCUAGCUGCAGUAGAUGAAGCUUCCGUGCCGAAUAGGAUGUCACAGUCAGAAGCAAAGGAGGAACCCUGCGACAUCAAACCGGGAUUUACUGACAUUUCAAACUUUUAUUGGGAGGAUGGAUGGGAUUAUUCUCUGGGGCCAGAAGCAAAGGAUGAUCUCCAUGACAUCAAACAGGAAGCUAGUGGCGUUGGGAACUAUCAUUGGGACGGUGGACAUGAUUAUUCUAUGGAUGAAAUGUGUGACUUGGAUGAACUUUGGGGGCUUCUAGACAAUAGUCCUGUAUAUAACAUGGAAUCGAUACUGGGUUUGGGUUUCGAUGAUGACCAACUGGGGUCCUCGACGGCAGCCCCUGAAAGGAACGAAUAUUGGGGGCAGCCCGUAGAUCUGCCAUACCAGUUCUAGAAUUUAGAAUCUAAAGUUUGAUGUUAAGUCUGAAUAAUGUGCAGUAGACAACUAAUGCCAAUUCCAGAGUUGCCUUUGACUUCUUGCAGUAAGAUAGUCAGUCAAGAUCACUAUUAGAAUGAUCGAUGGGUGGAUGAACUUGAUUUGGGAUGAUCAGAUUUCAGACUCUUGAGAUUUUUAUUUUUUGUUUUGAUAAAUUUGUUUGAUAUGCGGACUUGUAUUCUUUAAUAUUACUAACUAAGCUGAUUCUCUAUAGGUUUUUAGAUUGGGGAAUUAAGCCUAACCGUUGUUCCGAUUGUGAAUACGCACCAUCAAAAUAUAAAAUUAGUUUUAUAA